AUGCUUAGAUCCAGUACAAGAUCACUUAGUAGGUCGAGGGUACUUUUAACCGGGUCUACAGCUAAACCUGUGUCCUAUUCAAAGACUCUUCAACUUCCAAAAACUGCCUUUGGUCCAAAGAUUCCCAACCUCGAAGCUGCCAAACCACUCAUUUCCAAGAGUUCCCAAGAAUUAUAUAAAUGGCAAAGUACUAGAGACACACAUGGAAAAGAGUUCACUUUACUUGAUGGACCUCCAUAUGCAAAUGGUGAUCUCCAUUUAGGACACGCAUUGAAUAAAAUCACCAAGGAUAUUGUCAAUAGAUUUGAAUUGAUCCAUAAUGGCGCAAAAGUUGUAUAUCAACCCGGGUGGGAUUGUCAUGGGCUUCCCAUUGAAAUGAAGGCUAUCACAAAGUCGGAUAAGCAACUCAGUGCUAAAGAAAUUAGAAAACUGUGUCGUGAUUUGGCUCUGUAUAUGAUCAACAAACAACGAGAACAAUUUACUCAAUUUGCAGUUAUGACCGAUUUUACAAAGCCUUAUGUAACUAUGGAUCAUAAGUACGAAAUUGACCAGUUGAAAGUCUUUGGGAAAUUGGUUAAAAAUGGACUUCUUUCCCGUCAACAGAAACCAGUAUGGUGGGGAACUGAAACCGAAACUGCUUUAGCUGAAGCCGAAUUGGAAUAUAACAACAAUCACCAUUCGGUGGCUGUUCACGUUAAGUAUCCUAUAAAGGAUCCCAUGGGUCCACUUCUGGGACUCUCAAACGUCAAGUUACUUAUCUGGACCUCGACUCCAUGGACUUUACCUGCCAAUAAGGCCAUUUGUGUCAAUACUGAUGUUGAUUACACUGUUUUGCACAAUGAGACUACCGGAGAACAUAUAGUUGUAGCAGAUGAACUUUGUGAAUCUCUUUUAAAGUUGAACGAUGAAUAUGUGAAAUUGGAAGGUUUGUCGUUUACUGGUGACAAACUUUUAGGUAUGCAAUAUUCUAACCCACUCAGUCAAGGAAGUUCGUAUCCUAUUCUACAUGGGGAUCAUGUCACUUCUAGUGCAGGUACCGGGUUGGUCCAUACAGCUCCUGCCCAUGGUGGUGAUGAUUAUCUUAUCGGUAAGAAACAUAAUCUUGAAAUCAUUUCAUCUGUUGAUGGUAAGGGUAAAUUUCACGGUGUUGGAAUUCCUCAAGAGUUACAAUUCUUGAAGGGCUUACACCUUAGUGACUCUAUAUGGAAGAUCAUUACACUUUAUCGUGAAAAUGAUAUGAUUUUCCAUGUAAAUAAGAAAUUUAAGCAUUCUUACCCAUACGAUUGGAGAUCCAAUAAGCCUGUUAUUCAAAGAGCAACCCCACAAUGGUUUAUCAAUGUUGAUAAGAUCAAGGAAACUGCUGUGAAGUCUUUGGAAGAUGUCAAAUUCUUCCCAGAAUCGGGUAAGAACAGACUUCUUCUGUUCGUUAACAACCGUAAUGAAUGGUGUAUCUCUAGACAAAGAGUUUGGGGUGUUCCAUUGCCCAUUGUUUACGAGCGCGAAACUAAUGAACCCAUCGAGAACUUUGAAACAAUCAUGGACCAUAUCAUCGAGAGAAUGGAUGUUUUAGGUACCGAUGAAUGGUUUGAAGUAGAAUCGGAUAUUUCAAGAUGGUUACCCGAAGGCAUUGAUGGCACCAGAUACGUGAAAGGUCUGGAUACUAUGGAUGUUUGGUUUGACUCUGGUACUUCAUGGACAACUAUGGAACAAGAGCAAGCUGAUGUCUAUCUCGAAGGGUCUGAUCAACAUCGUGGGUGGUUUCAAUCCUCACUUUUGAACAAAAUUAUUGCAUCAGGUGUAAAUGGUACUGAUUUCAAACCAGUUGCACCUUUUAAAGAAAUUAUCACUCAUGGUUUCACACUUGAUUCUAAGAAUGAUAAAAUGUCCAAGUCUAAGGGGAACAUCAUAUCACCUGUUCAUGCUAUGUCUGGUGGUGGGAAACCUUUCUUGCCAGCCUUGAGUGUUGAUGGUUUACGUCUUUGGGUUGCCUCGUCAAAUUACACUCUGGAUGUUAAUGUCACAACUGAAGUGUUAACCAGAGUCUUUGAAAAUUUGAAAAAGAUUAGAAUUACUCUCAAGUAUCUUUUGGGUAACUUGAACGAAUUCAAUAGAGCCACGGAUGGUGUUCAAUAUGACCAACUUAACCCUCUUGAUAAAUACGUAUUGUCAAAACUCGUCAAAUUGCAAGAGGCAUGCACAACGUAUUACCAAGAGCAUAAUUUCCAAAGAGUCGUGAAAGACAUUAAUCACUUUGUAAGCACCGAUCUCAGUUCUUUAUAUUUUGAUAUCUCCAAGGAUAGUCUCUAUACCGACGCCAAGAACUCUCACAAAAGAAGAAGUAUUCAAACUGUGCUUGAAGUUCUCCUUAGAACACAGAUUGGAAUUUUGGCACCAAUUCAACCUUUGGUCACUCAAGAGGUAUGGGAAACUUGUUCACAGGACUUUACUGGUGGAUCCGAAAGUCCUUUCAUGAAGGACUGGGAUUCUUUCUACAAGCUUCCUAAAGAAUACUCAAAUGCUAAGGUUGAAGAUGAAUUCAAUAAAAUAUGGGAAAUAAAGAACUCUCUUUAUAAGAGUUUAGAGGUUCUUCGUCAAGCCGGUUCUCUUAAAAGUAACCUUGAACUUCAAGUCAAUUUGGAAGUGUCCACCGACUCUGGUAUUGGGAAAAUAUUAUUAUCACAUAGCGAGUUCCUUGAAGACUACUUCCUCGUGUCUAAAGUUACUAUCAAUGGUUCCACUGAAGCACCGGAAACUACAGCUACGUCUGAUAUCGACGGAGAGAAUGUGAAAAUCAGUGUUUCUCGUUCAGACUCACACAAGUGUCCAAGAUGUUGGAAGUUUGUUGCGCCAGUCGAAAACGAGUUAUGUGUUAGAUGUGACUCUGUGGUUGGAAACUAG